AUGAAAUUCCGAUCAAUCCGAGCCGAAACGGCGCCGUCUCGCCUGAAGACGACUGCGAAGAAGCUCAGGUCGGAGAUGCCGCGCCGGAGAAGAGCUCAGAUCUCUCCGAUUCUCUACUCGUCUCAGAAACCGAAUGCUCAUGCUCGCAGUGAGGCCUCGGGUUUCUCUGUGAACUCGACCUCGUGCUCGUUCUUCGGCGGCGAGGUUUCGUGCGAGUCGAGCAGAGUUUCGGUUGGAUCGGAGAGCGAGGUGAGGUCGAGCUUGAAGAAGAGGAGCUUCGGCGAAACCGAAGCACCGUCUCGGAAGGUCACUCGGUCGAGCUAUGGAGGAAAGGCGGUGAAGAAAUCGGCCGCCGGAGACGGCGAGGUUGAGGCGUCUGAGUCGUCGUGCGUGGAGUCUAAUUCCGGAGCUGAUUUUGGAGGCUUCGUUGAGAGAAAGCUGAAGCUGAAGACUCAGAGCGGAAUUUCGAAGAUAACUGCAGGUCCUGAAGCAGUUACCAAAUCAGAGUCCGAUAAGGCCUCACUGGAGUUCAAGGAGCAAGAGGUCAUUUCACUCAACUCCGGCGUGCAGUUGUGCUCGGAAGCAACAGUAUCAGAGACUAAGACGGUGAAAGACGGCGGUAACAGAGCACCGGAAUUUGAAUUCGGUGAGAGUUUCGCCGUCUCAAACUCGGAAUCGACUAUCGAGCAAAGGCCACAGAGCUUUGGAUUGGACUCCGAUCUCGCUUGCACCGAGCUGUUCUCUUAUGACGACGACGACGGCUCCGAGUACUCUUCCAGUCAGACACUCUCGGAUUUCCAUUCGGAACCUCUCGAGGAGAACUCGGAAAUCAACUUCUCCGAUUACUCGCCGUCGUUUUUCAUCGAUUCCGGAAGCCAGUUCUCGCAAGGCUCAGUCGAUGACUCACCGUCACCUACUCUCGCCUUCCUCCAAAAAUACAGAGAAGAGUUUAGGAGAUCAGUCACUGCUUUAGAUCUCGACGCAGCGCCACGCGUUAACGAAGCGUACAAGCAUGAAUCCACAUUUCUUAAGUUCGAAGACGAUGAGGUGGAAGAGAGCUAUCGGAUGCUGAGAAAUAGAGAGAGGCUCAAAGUGUAUCUGCGUGACUACACCGAGGACUACUCUUCCGAGACGAAGUACGGCGGCCUGAUUCAUCAUCAACGGUCGUACAUGGUCCGGUGGAUCUGUGAGGUAUCUACUGCAACUGGACUACAGCAGGAGACCAAGUUUCUAGGUGUGAACCUCCUGGACCGAUUUUUAAGCAAAGGAUUUUUCAAGAGCAAAAGGAUACUUCAGAUUGUUGGAAUUGCCUGUCUAACAUUGGCCACCAGGAUAGAAGAAAAUCAGCCCUACAACAGUGUGCGGGAAAAGUGUUUCUAUGUAGGAAGCAAUGUGUACAGCAGAUGUGAAGUGGUGGCAAUGGAAUGGCUAGUGCUUGAGGUCCUCAACUUUCAAUGCUUUCUGCCCACCAGCUAUAACUUCUUAUGGUUCUACCUGCAAGCUGCUGAAGCUGAUGAAGAGGUAGAGACAAGGGCCAAGUACCUGGCAGUGCUACAGCUAUCGGACCCUGGACAAUUAUGUUAUUGGCCCUCAACAGUUGCAGCUGCAGUCGUCAUGCUGGCUUCUUUAGAAGGAAAUGAUGCUUCACGCCAACAAGUCAUGGAUACUCAUAUGAGAACAGAUGAUGAUGCUUUCAUGCUACCUGAAUGCUUGAAGAGCCUAGAGUGGUUGUUGAGGUUUGUUUAAUAGCACACUAAGAUGCAAAGGCACCCCGACAUCAAUAUUCUGAUUUCUGACUUUACCCUCAAGCCACGCCAGAUGACUCUACUAAGGCCUGGUCUCUAGGUAAAACAUAUCUGAUUCUUUUGUCAAUAAUAGGACACUGCUGCUAGAUUUACACAUUUCUUAAAAGUUGUAGGCAGAGUAUGUACAUUUUGAUGGCCUGCGAAGGACCAUAGGCGGAUUGAAACUGUUAUGUGUUGAAUAGUUCAUCAGUGCUCGAUGACUACUCAUUACAAAAUUACAAGAUAGUUCACG